AUGGCCUUGCCGCCAGACUUUGACGACGAGGAUGUGACCACGUUAAAUGGGAACCACGUCGAAGACGAAGAAGACCUUCCAGGCGACUACUCUACGCACCUGGAGAAUAUUUUGGGCGGAGAAAACGACAACACUGACCAAGAUGAAUCCGACGAUGAAGCAUUCGUUUACGCGGGAGAUGAUGCGCCAGACACUUCCUUUGCAUAUCGAGACCAACUUAGGGAUGCUUUGGGCUCGGACCAUGAUCCAGAAGAAGAGGAAGUACACGAGGUCGAAAGGUCGCUGAUCAUUCACAAUGACGAAGAAGAUGAACCACUUGACUAUGUCCCUUCUACUUCAGUCUCCUCCGCAGGACUAUUAACGCCACCGCGGGUUGAUUCGCCUAGUUUCGCAAAUUCACCGUCAAGACCUCUUGCACGGCCAUUUCUACAUCCAAAUGUUUCCCGUUUACGCUCCUACACACCUGGCUCCCGACCAGUCUCAUCCGCAAGUAUAGGAUCCGUUGGCUCUCAUUUCUUCGACGCGUCACCUUCCCCUUCCCAUUUCUCUGCCAUUUCCCGCGUGUCCUCCCCAUCCAACCUUCAUACCCCAACUUCGAGCGACAUAUUCAUGUCACGGCCAGGAAAAACAAAAGAACGCGAAGUUUUUCGAUGGGCCCAGCUGCGGAAUAUCACGCUCCAUAUGUAUCCACCCAAAGCAACAGGCAAGGCCUCUUCGCUUCUAGGGCCGCCCUCACUAGGAACUCCUACUGUCCUUGCGGCAAACGGCCUUAUAUGCAUUGGAACGGACAGCGGCAUGGUUUGUGUCUACGAUUUCAAACAAUCGCUCAAGUGCGUUUGCGGGAACGAAGCAACUGGUAAAACCAUCGGCGCAGUCACUGCUCUUGCCCUCUCGCACGACCACACCUAUGUUGCCUCUGGCCAUAGCUCUGGACAUAUCCAAUUAUUCGAUCUCAAAACACCCACUGUGCCUGCACGAACCGUUGCCCCAACAACACUUGCUGUUGUUGGCUCUGGCCGACAAGAAGGCCACCUUCGGGGUUCCCGCAUCGUCAGCAUUGGAUUCGUUGCUGGACGACACACCGCGUUGGUCUCCGCAGAUGAGCAUGGUCUAGCCUUCUACCAUAGUCUUGGAAAAGUGCUAUUCGUAGAAGCAUCCGACAUAUUACGCAUCCUGGGAAAAUAUCCUGAUAGUCAGUCCUCUGACAAUACCCCUGCCGCUUCUCGUCGUGGCCGAAAAACACGUUAUACCCUGUUGGCAAUGAUGCCAUUACCACUGGGAGUCGCAGUUCACCCGACCGACUCUUACAAUCUUGUUGCACUGCUGACGCCGACGAAACUUGUGGUAGUUGGACUAAAACCCACCCCAAAAACAUGGUUCAAAUGCUCACUCGAUACUACCUCGGCCAAGUCAAGGUUAAAAGGCACGCUUGCGUGGUUUCCUAGCAGUAACAAUGCGGGUUUGGCCAAUGGUGUCUCUUCAAAGCCAUCCCCCGAAUCGAAUUCUCCCAUUCUCGCAUAUGCAUGGGGCAACACAAUGCAUCUGAUUCGGGUUUCAGAGAUGAGAUCAAAACAGCUCGUCCGCAACUCCCGGACGGGGAAAACAAAUGAGGUAGAGGUUGGUCGCAUUCGAUACGAGGUAGCAGGGAAAUGGGUGGCUCCAGAAGACAUACUCGCGCUUCAGUGGUUAAAUGCCAAUCAAGUGGUCAUUUUAGGCACAACAACACUGAAUGUGUAUGACAUUCGGCAGUCAAAGCUCGUCGAGGAUGUCCCCUUCGAUGGUCUUAGUCUCGUUUCGUCCACUCUUGGCGCCACUGUCAAUGGCUCAAUCGCCUACGCCGACUCAGUUGGUGAUGUGGCUCACAGUAUCCGAGUGUACAAAGGCAAGAUAUUCUUAUUGGGUAGAGAAUCCGUUCAAGCCGGUACUUUAUUAACAUGGGCUGAUCGAAUAUUGGCGUUUGUCGAAGACGGCGACUUUUUGAGCGCUAUUGAUCUUGCGCGUUCAUAUUAUGUUGGAGACGCUCCCGGAAACUCCAAUGGACUUCCGGAUGAUCUCCAAGCGCGUAAAGACGUUGUCGGUCAAAAAAUGCGAGACCUGAUGACCGCGUCGUCCCGUUACGCGUUUUCUGAAGAUCGCAUGACCGAUGACACCCACGUGACCUCUGAUGGCCGCGGCGUCGAUCGAAGUGCACUGUUUGAAGGCCUUGUUGCCUCCUGCGCACGAGCAUGCAUCGUCCUCGACGACUUUGAUUUCUUAUUCGAGGAUCUCUUCCAACAAUACGAGGACGCUGGAAUUACUCGAAUAUUUCUGCUGCAACUGGAGACAUUCGUGCUAUCAAGUGAAAUUCGACUCGUACCCCCUCGCAUAACGCAACGAUUAGUCGCUUUGCACGACCGAGAUGGACGUCCAGACCUCGUUGAACGCGUCAUAUGGCAUAUUGACCCUAGCUGUCUGGAUAUUAAUCAGGCGAUCCAUCUCUGCGAAACCCACCAUCUCUACGAUGCACUUAUCUACGUCCACACACGUGCUCUCCGGGAUUACGUUGCCCCUAUUGUUGCUUUACUCGGUCUGAUCCGUCGCGUUCAGCAGUACCGGAAGGCCAAUCCCGAACCUCUACCAGAAGGUCACCCAAUGGAAUCGAUGAUUCUCGACGCAUACAAAAUAUACCCUUACCUGGCAAACUGUCUUUCGGGCUUGUCUUAUCCGAGCGAGGAGCCUCUUCCUGAUGAAGAAGCUCAGCAAGCUAAAAAGGAUGUCUACACCUUUCUGUUCUUUGGUCGUUCCAGUAUGUGGCCCCCGGGCCAAGGUGGUACGCUUGUUUUGACCUGCGACGAGGAGGGCGCCGUGGAACCGACGUAUCCAUAUGCCCGCUUAUUACUCCGCUUCGAUGCCGAGUCGUUCUUACACUCGGUUGAUAUUGCGUUCGAGGACUCAUAUCUGAACGAUGACAAGGGCAUCAGUCGUCUGGUGAUCGUUCGCAUCCUCCUCGAAAUCGUAUCAUCAGGAAAUCUUCACCCGUCUGACGUCAGUUUUACCAACAUAUUUGUCGCUCGCAAUGUCCCCAAGUACCCUCAAUUCCUCCAAGCGUUGCAACCGAGCUUAUUGCACGGGAUUCUCCUCCGCCUUGCAGAAGAUCCUGACUUGGAGACUCGUGAGGAUAGACAGCUUGCUGCUGAAUAUCUACUCUCCGUUUACAACCCUCACGAAAGUGAUCGCAUCGUUAACUUGUUUGAGUCAGCAGGUUUUUAUCGAAUCCUCCGAACUUGGUACAGACAAGAGCAUCAAUGGGUCCCGUUACUCUCGACUUACUUCGACGACCGUGAUCUGUUGCCGACUGAGGUAUUCCGCAACGUCGAGGAUGUUCUUGACAACUCAUCGAAGACAAACAAUGGGACGCUUCCCCCGGAAAUCACGGCCACCAUCGCGGCCGCUCUGCAACAGCUCCUGGACAUCAGCCUGACUAGUACUGCCAGCUUAAUAGACAAGUAUGCACCAGAUCUCCACGAGGUUGCCUUGAAUGGGUUUGGAGAAGAGGGUGACCGAGAGCGAUUCGUAUACCUGCGGCACCUUCUCGGUCCACCGGCUGCCUCGGAGGACGAUCAACACUCCAGCGGGCCUUCGCUAAAGCCGCCAAAAGCUCUACGGCAGUUGUAUGUAUCAUUGCAAUGCCGGUAUAAUCCACGAGAAGUCACACAAGUUCUGCAAUACUUUCCCACGGAUCUCCUGGAUUGGCCAGAAGUUAUCGAGUUGUGCGAGAAGAAUGAAGUCUACGAGGCUGCCGUAUGGGCAUUGAACCAUCGCGAAAAUCCACGCGAAGCACUGGCCAAAGCCGACUCUUUUGAGAAACAGUUGACUCUGCGACUUGUCGAGGCCUUCUCGAGUGACGCUACAAGACCCACUCUACGAAACGAUAUCGAGGCUCUACAAGCCUUAGGGCAAGUCGGCGUGGACAUCUGCUUGGAGCGUUCGCAAGGCGUGUCAGCGACAGAGGUACCGCUAGAAGAUAUUUGGUUCCAGCUCCUCAACAGUCAAAUCAAUAGCGUGCAAAGCGUUUCGGCAUGUGCUGCUGACCUACCUUCUGGCCAAAACAAGCUACUCGACGACACGCUUUCUGCCUUGAGAUUCCUUGUCCAGAGUACUUUUGGCGCUCUGGUGUCGAUCAGCUCAACACGAGCUGUGUCAUUCCCUCGAUUAUUCAAGCGACUCGUAACCUCAGCGACAGAUGCAUCAACCGGAGCCCAAUACACUGAGUUUCGUACCAUUCUCGCCGGUAUGCUCGAGUCGUAUCGAUCUGACGGUGAUAUGUUGGCAAUUUCCAAGAAGCUAGUCGACCGAGAUUUGUUUGACACGAUUGCUGAGGCAACAAGAGAACGGGCUCGGGGUUGGGCACCAGUUGGCUUCAACUGUGUAGUAUGCGGGAAGCUGCUGCAUGGUGGAGAGGGUGUCACCGAGAUAAUAGUUUCACGGACAGGCAGGAUUUACCAUAUGUCGUCCGAGUUUCCUUUCCCUCCACAUCCACGACUUCAGUGGUGGUUGGCCGGUCCUGCUCUGAGAGUCAUGUCGGCGCAACUGGAGGGCUCUGCAGUUGCCUCAGACUCGCUCCCUGCCAGCUCGACAAGCUCUCCAACAAACGAAUUUACGGCAGCCUCCAAUUAUUUUGUUGCGUUCCUGAUAGCCUUCAUCUUAUUUCUAUUUGUCUUUCUCUCGCUUGGCCUACUCGCUCGAAGAAGGAGAUUACGGAUGAUGCGCGACUUUGCGCUUUACGGACCUGACGAUGCAAACCAAAUACCGCAAACGGAACCUGAGAUGUGGGAACCUCGCUACCUUGACGCCUCGAAACCGAGAUGGAGCAAUGUAAUGCCCCUUUCAGCCUCGUAUAUUCGACGAGAAGUAGUCGAGGAAAUCGAGAAGACGGACAGCGAGCAGCAAAUACCGCGUCGUCGCUGGCCAAAUCCUCUUCCAGCGUCCUUAUUGGGAAGAAAACUCUCAGAUGACCGGAGACGGAAAACGAACGUUACCGAAGGCCUUUCUCUCGCUGUUAUGAUCGCUAUGCCCCAGCCCGAGAGCACAGAGCCUGUUUAUGACAUUGGAUCACUUCGAAUACCCUGGAAGGAAGAUGUAUGA